AUGGCUUCUCCACCCGCAUCCUCUUCCUCGCAAACGAGUUAUCCAAUGGAGAAUGAUCAUACUUAUCUCCAUGGCCGUAUCAACCCAGGAGUGGAGGAAAAUUUCGAUUUGGUCGAAUCAGUGCCGUUCGAGAGGCCACAAGAGGAAGAGUUACAGCAGAGGAACGAUCUCAAAGGAGUACCUGAGGAUGAAGUUGUCUCCAUGUCUCGGCCCCACCCAAUUGUUCAACCAGCUUCACCUCGAAGUAUAUCAACGUCUCCCACAUCCUGUCCAAUUCUCGACCUCCCAUCAGAAUUAAUCGAUCAUGUCCUCUCCUAUCUUGGACCACUCGAUCUCGUCUGCGUGUCCAGAACAUGCCGUGUUCUGUCUGAACAAUCUAAAUCCGAUCUCUCGUGGCAACGGCACGUCCAAGACAACGUUCCUGGAGUUCGCUUGGAAUCUCCCUUCCCGUGCAAGACCUUCCGAGAGUUGUACAUUGCUCACGAUCCUCACUGGUUCCUCCCGAGAUACAAAGUGUGGUUCUGUGAUAUUUACCUCACUGGUAAACUCAUAAUUACCCGCUAUGAUCAGAGUACGGGUGUUAUUGAGGGUUACAGGCUCAUUGCAGAACGGCCGACUCCCACCUUCGAUCCUUGGGAAGCGGACGAUGAAGUCUUGAUCCAUUCAUUUACUCCACGCUGCCACUUACAUAUGGACCAACCUGUUCUUAGACUGGAUGCACUCUCUCUAGAAUCUCUAAUGUCAACCUCUGGCCAAACAAAUCCAGAACAUCGUUUCUCAGCCGAGAUACCCAUGCGAAUGCCAGAGCGCAACCACCGUGGCGUAUUCUCUAACUUCUUGCACACUCGACCUGUCGAAGAGCGUGCAAAUAUGGAAUUAUGGCCACCAGCAACUAUCCCAGCACGGCAUCGCGUACGGAACGGAACAAGGAAUGCUUAUAUGGGCACUGGACACAAGCCACAGAAUCGCUCGCAAGUCAGUAACCAGACCUUCAGGAUCAGACGCUGGCUGCAAAUGGAUAUCGGUGCUCGGCCACCCGGCAUUCGUCACGGCGAAGAGGUCUAUACCUAUGCAACCCUGGACCCCAAGUUAUGGACUCCGACUGAAGAGAAGCCGUAUAGAGGGAUCUGGGUAGGAGAUUACAGCGGCCACGGAUGCGAGUUCCUGCUUAUGCAUCAACCCGACAACGAGGAGCCAUUUGACGAAGCAAGCGUGGUGCAAGGAGAAGACGAAACUCUUGAAGAAUUUGAGAUCAGAAAGAGGGAAGAGCGGAUCUACCGCGGGAGUCUGGAAGCGAUCAAAUUGACGGGCGAUCCGAACGUACCGCGAGGAGAGUACACGUUCAUCUCAGACGACAUCUCGAAGACGGGUUUUGUGAGGAAAGCGACAGAAGACAGAUUCAAGGGUGCUAGGGUCGUGAGGAGUAGAGGUCAUAUUGCGGCGAGGAUGUUUCGUAAUGACAAAUACAUUGAGAGCCAGCUGAUAAUGAUUUCUCACGACCGCUUAGCGCAAUAUUGGGUUGGCUUUGGCCAUAUUAGUUUCUACGAACGAGUCAAGAUUGAUGAUUUCUUGACGCCAGCUAAUGAUACCAUUCAGACGGAGAACUGCUGA